AUGAGUGAAUGUUUGAAAUAUCAAAAACCAAAUAGAGAAUGCAUGGAAUAUGCAACUAUUUCACACAAUAUUGAUUUUGUUACAUUCUUAAUGAAUGAAUACAAUAUUGAAAUCAACUUAAAAGAUUGUGGAUUUUAUAACAACCUUGAAGCACUUUUAAUUUAUUAUGACCAAACUAAUGAUAUUAACAAAUGCUUUAUUCAUUCUGCUUUGUUUAACAUUCUAUCUCUUUGUGAAUAUUUCCUAUCACAUGGUGCAAAUAUCAAUGAAAAAGAUGAUUUUGAAAAAACAACUCUUCAUUAUGCAGCAGAAAGUAAUAGUAAAGAAAUAACUGAACUUCUUAUUUCACAUGGUGCAAAUAUCAAUGAAAAAGAUAAUUUUGAAAAAACAACUCUUCAUUAUGCAGCAGAAAGUAAUAGUAAAGAAAUAGCCGAGUUUCUUAUUUCACAUGGUGCAGAUAUCAAUGAAAAAGAUGAAAAUGAAUUUAAUGCCCUUCUUUAUGCUGCAUAUAAUAAUAAUAAAGAAUUGGUCGAGUUUCUUAUUUCAAAUGGUGCAAAUAUCAAUGAAAAACGUAUAUAUGGAGUAACAGCUCUGCAUGAUGCAGCUCGUAAUAAUAGUAAAGAAACAGCUGAACUUCUUAUUUCACAUGGUGCAAAUAUCAAUGAAAAAGAUGAAGAUGGAAAAACUGCUCUUCAUCUUGCAGCAGAAAAUAAUAGUAAAGAAACAACCGAAUUUCUUAUUUCACAUGGUGCAAAUGUCAAUGAAAGAGAUGCAAAUGGAAAUACAGCUCUUCAUAUUGCAGCACAUAAUAAUAGUGCAGAAACAACCGAAUUUCUUAUUUCACAUGGUGCAAAUGUCAAUGAAAAAGAUAACAAUGGGAAAACUGCUCUUCAUUAUGCAACUCGUAAUAAUAGUAAAGAAACAGCCAAGUUUCUUAUUUCACAUGGUGCAAAAUAA